AUGAGCGGUGGGGCCAGCCUGCUGAGCCCGCCGCCCGCGGAGGGCUCGUCCCCGCCCAGCCCCUCGGGGGGCUCGCCGCCCUCCCUCGCGUCCCGCUGCAGCUCCCCGGGCCGGGAGGAGGAGGCGGAGCAGCGGGCGGCGGGCUCCCGGAGCUCGCCGGGCCACAGGAGGGGUGAACACUCUGAAACAGCAGCGGGGAGAAAAUUGUCACCUUUGAAAGAUAACCUUUCACCAUGGGAAGAGUGGUUUAUUGGCAAAGAGAAGGAGCUGCGUGCCUGCUUACAGGCUAGAGCUGCAGAGGAAAUGAAUAAACAGCUUGAGGAAAUGAAGCAAAAUCAAGAAUGUGAAAGAAGAAGAAGGAUAGCUGAAGAGAAACACAAGGAAUGGGUCCAAAAAAAGAGAGAAGAGGAAAGAAGAGAAAGCAAACGAAAGCUGAGCAAAGAAAUGUCAGAAAAAGCCACAAGAGAACUAGAAAAAAUGCAGUUAAAAGAAAAGGCUGAUGAAAAGUAUAAAGAGUGGCUAGAGAAGAAGAGAGCUGAAGAGGCAGAAAAGAAGAAAAAAGAGAAGGAAAAAGAAAAAGAACGGGAGGCUGAGCUACAGGAGAAGAGAACAAGAUCAGAGAAAGUUUUUAAGGAAUGGCUGCAAAAUGCUAGAAAUAAACCACAACCUCAUUUAAAUGGUUAUGGUUUCCCACAUGGGAGGUCUACAGGGAGUGCUGAUAGAAAUUUGUAUCCAGUUCCAGCAUAUUGUAACCCCAUUCCUUGGAAACCAGUACAUGUGCCUCCCCCAGAAGAAGACAGAGUUCUUGCUAUGAAGAAGCCACAUGCAUCUUUACCAGUGGUGAUUUCUAAGCCCAGGAGUAACCUGUGCAGAAAGAAGUUAUAGUCCAGAAAAAAUGUUCUUAAAAUCUCGACCAAAUUGGACCAUAAAUGUGAAGUUCUGUGUACUUAUAUACCCAGUGCAGAUUGCUUUGUGCCUUUCUUUUUGUCUUUUUUUCAUUUUUGUCAGCAAGUUUUGUAUUUACUGCUGGUUGACCAAUCAGGCUUUUAAUGUUUUUUCUAUAUUGCAUUUUAGUUAAAAAAAAAAUAAAAAAGGAAAAGAUAAAUUGUAAUGGGACUAUACCUCAAUGCCAAUAAAAUGCACAAGAUUGUUUAUUCCUUUCCUCUCUUGUUGUUGAAGGAAUUGUUGUAUAUGUAAUUAUUCUUUUGGGCAACAGUAUUAACUAGGUUAUUUUAAAGAUAAAUUUGAUUUGUAAAAAGUUGUUUUGUUGUGUUUUAAUUUGUAACAAAUUUUAAAACAGUUCUUGGCUUAGUGCAGAAGGAAUUGGCCUGCCUCAGUUCCAGGGUUAUCAUGUCACUGGGAUUACAGAGCUAUAGUGGGAUAGCUUACAUUGCUGGAGUGCUGCAACAAAUGGAUGGAGGCUCUUCAGGGAAGCACAGGCUCUUUGCUGACCCUGAUAUUUACAAACCAGGGAGAGCUGGUCAGGGAUGUGAAGUUUGGGGCCAGUGAUGACAUGCAUGAAUCUGUGGGAUUUAGUAGGAUGCUUCUGAGAAUGCUGAGGAAGUGGCAAAUGUCAUGGUAAGGAUACUCACAAUUAUCUUUGAGAGAUCUGGUGAUAAGAGGAGGUUCCUGAGAGCUAGAAGGAAGUGAAUAUCAACCCGGCCUUCAGGAAGGGUGUGUAUGCAGAACUGCUGGCCAGUAGUCAGCCUCAGCUCAGUCACCUGGACAGGUGAUGGAUGUGGCUGCAUGAGGAGGAGCAUUGGCAACAAAGUGGGGAGUCUGUCCCUUGUACCACAGCGUUGUGAGAACACACUCAAAAGUGCUGUGCCCAUUCCUGGGCGUGCAAGGAAAAGACUGACGCUGAUGUUCUGGAGCAAGCUCAGUGAAGGGCCGCAAAGAUGAUUAAAGGAUUGCAGCAUCUGACAGACAGAAGCUGAGAGAGCUGUGACUGUUCAGCAUGAAGGAGAGAAAGUUCAGUAACGUCUGAGCAAUGUCUGUAAAUACUUGAUGGCUGGAGAGAGAGAUCAGACCCUCCUCAGUAGUGACCAGCAAGAGGAGAAGAGGCAGUGAGUGGAAAUCAAAAUACAGGAAAUUCCACUUAAACAUGAGGCAAAAAUAUUUAAGAGAGAGUCCUUGAAUGCUGGAACAAAUUGCCCAGUGAUGUUAUGGAGUUUCCAUUCUUUGAUAUACUCAAAACUUGACUGGACAAAUCCCUGAGAAAUCUUCUCCAGCUAGCCCUCUUUUGAACAACAGAGUUGGACUAGAUGAUUUCUAGAGAUCCAUUCCAAUCUCAACAAUUCAGUUAUUAAUGUGAAAAGGAAAACUUAGAAAUAAAGAAGACUUAUUUUUCCUGUUG